AAUCAUCAGUACCAUCACCAUCACCAUCAUCAUCACCACCACCAUCAUCAUCAGAGCUAUCAGGCCUCCGGCAGCGACAGCGGAAACGGAUCGGGAGACAGCGAGUUCGAGACCAAUAAUUCUGGCGGUGCCAGCAAUCCCUCCUCUUCGGUGCCGAUCAAGGGCGUGGUGAUACGCAGUCAUUAUAACACCAGUAACGACGGCAUAAACGGCAACAACGGCAGCGAAUACGAAUUAUCGGCGGAGGAACAGUUGGUGGUAGCCGCACCGUCUCUGGAGAUCACCACGGUCCUCGACAUCGAAGGUUUUACGACAUUGCUGUUACCAACUGGCGAACACAGACCUCUGGACCCGACGGCUCUGAGAGGAGUCUCGGGAAUGUUGCUGGAUUCGGCACCAAGAGUUCUCGCCUCUCAUCUUACGAGACUCGAUCUCGAAGUGGCACUUCAACCGGGACCAGGAAACAGAAGUGGAUUAAGUGGCAUCGAGCUGGCUACUCUUCCCCAUGGUAGACAAGCUAGAAUGGAUCUAAUCGAGAGAUCUGAAUGUAUAAAACUGUUGGUGGCGGUCACCGUGCUGGCUGGCGCUACGGCUAUAGAAAGAGCGGGUACCAUCAGCAAAUGGAUCAAAGUAGCAAUCGACACUAAAACCGCGCUCGGCAAUCUUUACGGCUUCUGCGGCGUGAUGCUCGGCUUGUGCCUGCCGCAAAUUCAAAGACUAGCCAAUACGUGGCAUCUGCUACGACAGAAACACACGGACGAAGCUUUCAGCUUCGAGGCGAAACUAAGGCCUACUCUACGGGCUAUGAACGAGUGUACCAAUCCGCAGGCGCCUAAUACGACGUUACCACAUUUGCUACCGAUCGCGCUACUUGGAGAACGCGGUCCCGAAGACGUUCUAGGUAUCCACAUAAAAAAUAUUAAAAUAAUUAUUAUUCGCUAAUUAAAUAAUCAGUGAAUA